ACUGGGACUUGACGAGACUCCAAACCCGCGUCGCCGUGCUCCAUCGCUUGUCGUCCCAGAGGAAAAGAAGAAAAACAAAAUAAGCUACACGCCUACACACACGCCCCUGCCACCACCGCCUUCCCGCCCCAAACACCAAAUAUUACAUUCGGCAGCGUCAAUCCAGGCCUCCUCUGCGUGGCUUCCGCCCGUCGCCUUGCUUGCAUAUAAAGCCCCCGGAGCUCCCCAGCCUCUGUCGAUCACUCGGGUUGGGCCCUACCUACCCCACCUUCGCGCCUCCUCAACCCCAUUGCCUCUUCUCCCGCCUGUGCCCAAGCUUUCUGUCUCCAUCCUCGAGAGCUCCAGCUCCAGAGACUUGCCUGCCUCCCUACCCGGCGAGACGAUCUUGAUCUUUCCCGACACCGCCAGCUAGCCCGACAGCCCGCCCACCUCAUCGACUCACGGUCCUCGACUUACAGUUCUCGACGUCGUGUCGGCUCGCCCGGCCAUGUCUACAUACUCGGGUCAGGGCUACCACGGAGGCUAUACGGCCCCACCUCCGGGCCAGUACUCACCGCAGAACUAUCACUUUCCUACACAACAAUCCUACAACGGCUACCCGUCACACGGCCAGCCUUCCGCGAGCUUUGCCUACCAGCAACAACAGCCCACAUCCCAGACAUACAGCGGCUACCCUCAGUCGCCACAGCAGUAUGGAUACAACCAGCAGCAGCAACAGCCGCAGCAGCCGCAACAGCCGCAGCAGCCGCAGCAGCCGUCGCAUUAUGGAAGGCCUGACAUGCCGAACGCCGGCCCCAACGCCUACAGCAUGAACCACAACGGCGGCCCGGUACCCCCGCCCUCGGCGCCUCUGCCGUUCCCCGACGCGCCACAAUCCUAUCAGUACCAGUACUCGCAGUGCACCGGUAAGAGGAAAGCACUGCUGAUCGGUAUAAACUACUUUAGCCAGCGCGGCCAGCUGCGCGGCUGUAUCAAUGAUGUCCGCAACAUGUCGGCAUAUCUGGUCGAGCACUACGGCUACAAGCGCGAGGACAUGGUCAUCCUGACCGACGACCAGCAGAAUCCCAUGAGCCAGCCCACCAAGCAGAACAUCCUGCGCGCCAUGCACUGGCUCGUCAAGGACGCCAAGCCAAACGAUUCCCUCUUUUUCCACUACUCUGGUCAUGGUGGCCAGACGAAAGACCUCGACGGAGACGAGCCCGACGGAUACGACGAGGUCAUAUACCCUGUCGAUUUUAGGCAGGUCGGCCACAUCACGGACGAUGAAAUGCACAGAAUCAUGGUGAUGCCGCUGCAGGCUGGCGUGCGGCUCACGGCCAUAUUCGACUCGUGCCACUCGGGCACCGCCCUUGACCUACCCUACAUCUACUCGACCCAAGGCAUGCUCAAGGAGCCCAACCUGGCCAGGGAGGCUGGUCAGGGCCUGUUGGGCGUGCUGACGUCGUACGGCCGUGGUGAUAUGAAUGGUGUUGCCAGCAACAUCGUGGGAUUCUUCAAGAAGGCCACCAACGGCGAGGAUGCCCACAACCGCUCUUUGGCCACAAAGACUUCUCCUGCCGAUGUCAUUAUGAUCUCGGGGAGCAAGGACGACCAGACAUCGGCCGACGCAAACAUUGCAUCGCAGUACACGGGAGCAAUGUCGUGGGCCUUCAUCACGGCGCUCAAGAAGAACCCCCAACAGAGCUAUGUACAACUACUCAACAACAUCCGCGACGAGUUGGCGACGCGCUACACCCAGAAACCACAGCUCUCGUGUAGCCACCCCCUGAACACCAACCUCCUCUUCAUCCUGUAAUUACCCGACUACGACUGCGACAUUUAUAGCGUGUAAUAAUAUGGGCCGCCGACGCACGGCAGCUGCGAGGUGUGCAUGAGCGAUACCAUAAUGGGUCUUGGAAAAGCGAAAACCCGGAGCACAGAGCAUUCCCCGGACUGACAGCACCACGAGGGGCUAUUUUCUUUCUUUGUUGCAAGUGGCGGCUUUGCCCGCUACUCGUUGGUUCACCCUGCUCUUGGAGAGCGAAGGACGACGAGACAGAUCGAGUUGGAGUUAUGCAUCGGACGGUCUCUGGGGAUUGGUGUAUGUCGACGCUUCUAUACCCAGCCUCGCGCGAGAGAAGGGACCGAAUCCUGGAUUUGGAUUGGAUUUUGAUUGGAUAACAUGUCCCCAUUUGUUUCAUUUUCCGUUGAACAGGCAUUUCUUAUGACCGUCACGAAGGCAUGGCCAAGUGAGUUUCUGACAAGUGGCAUUCAGGGGCUCGCAAGGCACUGAGGAGGCAGUCGAAAUGCUUGGCUAUAAAAGCGACCAAUAUACAUAUCAUGAAUUCUUGAGAACAGCCCCAAUGCAAGAGACCGAGAAACUACCCUGACCGAAAUAGACGCCAAAAACGCC